AUGCCCGGGGGCUUUCACGCCGACGGAAUUCACCAGGGCCUCUUCCGGCCCCCGGUGUCUCCAGCAUCGAGCUCCGGAUAUUUAACACAGAGUCGACCUUGCGGAGAGGGACCUACUCCCAAGCGCAAGCGCAUACGCGACGAUGCUAGACAAUUUGAUCAUGCCCAACAACAAGAGGGCAUCCACGACGAUAUCACCACCAUCGCCAGCACUGUUCUGAUAACACCCGCGGGGAGACAUGCUGCCCACAACGGCAGGGCGUACACACUUGCCGGGCAGCUCGACACACCUGCCAGCGGACCGGGGGAGAGCGGAAUGCUGGGCGAGAGCACCUACUCCGAGUCGGACUACAGGAAAGCCCUUGGCUCCAAGCGGUCGCGACAUGAUGAUGAUUUGAUGGACCCCACGGGGCAUACCCCUCUAUUCAACCUCCCUACGCAGCCCUACCAAUCUCCGGGAUGGGGUACGCUGGCCUUUAGUACAAUAGGUGGCGUCGUGGGGAAGGUAUGGGAGUUUUGCAAAGCGGGCGCGUUUAAAGGAUUUCAUGCCGGUGGGGGAAGAGGUUUUGAGAUGCGGCCCGGCGAUGGCAUCUUUCCAGAUGGAUCAAUACCGGAUCCAGCCUGGCCGCAAAAUGAUGAGGACGACGAGCAACACCAUCGAAUACCAGGCCAUUUCCCGCAAGCAGAUGCUUUUUACGAUCGAGAAGCCGCCGAGGAUACGCCCAUACCUAGCGGCGCCUCAACUCCAUCUGCACCGGCUGCCAAAAGACGACAGACAGCACCGACGGAUGAGUUGGGCAGAAAUUGGGUCAUGAUCAAGGACCGUGCCAGUGGAACGGACAGCACUCCUCGGCGGACCUCUGCUGCCCAUAGGCAGUCUCCAAGAAAUCGCAAUCAAGGCCCUUCGCUUGCUACUGGUCGUCGGAUAAGCACACCACAUAAUCGCCGCGUUUCCAGCAAGGUGGCCAGUCCAGCACCGCAUCGAGGCACCCCCCUGAAUGGCUUCAACAUCUCCCCCCCGGCCACCCUCGAGCCUGCUCGCCCUGCGUCAUCCGCAUCUUACGCCUCAACUCGCUCCCAGUCGCCGACGAAACUGGCCAGCAUAGCCCCCAGUAUCGCGGCCUCACCCUCGCCACAUUCAUCUCGAGGCCAUGGACGGCGACGAUCAGCCAUUUCAGCACCCAACCAUGCGUCAUUUACACACAGCCGCACACACAGCAGUGCGUCCACGGCAUCCAGUCGCGGAGCCGUAGACGACCUAGACAACAGUCCACGCCUCGACGCAGAAGCCAAGCACCUCGCUGCUCGACGACAACGCGAAGAACGCGACACAGACGUCCGCAUUGCAGCGUUCAAUAAACAGUUACAGGACAUGAUUCGCCAGGGCAAGGAAGCACUGGGCACGACGAUAGAAGUAGAUGGCGAGGAUGGCGGGUGGGAAGAUUAUUAA